AUGGCUAGAUGGCAAAUUCUGCUCUUUGAAUUUGACAUAGUAUAUGUAAGUCAGAAGGCUAUAAAAGGAAGUGCAAUAGCUGAUUUUCUAGCUAGCAGAGCCUUAGAAGACUAUGAGUCUUUGAACUUCGAUUUUCCAAAUGGGGACUUAAUGUAUGUGGCAAACACUGAAGAAAUCCCUAGAAUAGACCACAUAUGGAAGUUAAAUUUCGAUGGAGCUUCAAAUGCUAUGGGUGCUAAAAGUGUAUGGAGAUUCGGCAUUGGUGAUAUACCAACUCAAAGGAGAGUGGGAAAUAGAGACCCUAAGUUGAUCAGUUAUAAAGAGUUGGUUCUUGAAUUGAUUGACGAGUUUGAUGACAUUACUUUCUGUUAUCUCCCACGAGAUUUAAACCAGAUGGCUGACGCACUAGCUACUCUAGCCUCGAUGAUUAAGGUGAAUAAGUUAGAAAUCAUGAAGUCUAUUCAGAUGAGCAUAUAUGAAGUUCCGGCUCAUUGCUACAAUAUUGAAGAGGAAGGAAAAGAUGAUCACCCUUGGUAUCAGAGUAUACUACAAUAUGUGAAAAAUUGA